AUGUUCCAUUGGCGUCUCAAGGGCAGCAUCCAGGCUUAUAAAGCUCCUAUACCGCUGGCUGCAAUAGCCGAGUACUCUACAUGCACGCCGGGGCGUAUGUUCGGGGUACAACGUGGCAGAAACGAAUGUCGACUGGCGCACGCCAUGACUGACCCUGAACCACGAAACCGCAAACAUGGCAUCACCGGUCCGAUGUCCAUGGCCCUGCCUGAGCCCCUAGACAACGAGAAGACCGCCGAAGAGUUGAAGAGGGAAAACAAUUAUGAAAGGCAAAUAGAGACAGAGAAGCGGAUGUACGUUCUCAAGCUAUUGAGCAUGGUCUGGAUCGUGGUUGUACGGCUCCUCUACUGUUUCGAUUUGGAGGACGUUCCAGUGAGUUUCAAUCUUGAGUUCCCCAACCAACGCUUUCUGAUCAAUUACCACUUACGAGCUAUACAUGAUUUCACCCCUCGUCUGCUAACGAGAACGAUAAAUGCCUCCAGGGAAAGCUAA